CCGCCGUCGAUGUUAAAGCAGUGCUAUCAUGGCGGAGCGCGUUCAGCAGCCCCCAGCCAAACGGCUCUGCUGUAGACCGGGUUAUAACACGAAUUGUAGACAGGGACAACGGGCCGGGGGUACGUUAUGUGGCGGUUCGGGUGCGGCCCAAGGCGGGUCGAGCAAAACCCAGACCCCGGAGUCUCUGUUGGACAUCUCGGCCCGGAAAGUGGCUGAGAAGUGGCCGUUUCAACGGGUAGAGGAGCGCUUCGAACGGAUCCCGGAGCCCGUACAGAGACGGAUCGUUUACUGGUCUUUCCCAAGGAGUGAACGGGAGAUCUGCAUGUAUUCUUCGUUCAGUACAGGGGGAGAGGAGAGUGGAACUAGCGGGGAAAAUAUUGAUGAGACGCGGCUGCCUUUCAGACGAGGCAUCGCUCUGUUGGAGAGCGGCUGUGUGGACAACGUAUUGCAAGUCGGGUUCCACCUCAGCGGAACGGUAACAGAACCGGCCACGCCGUCGGAAUCCGAGCUCGUCUGCAGCGUGAGUGUCAGCUUCGACCGCUGCAAGAUCACCGCGGUCACGUGCAGCUGUGGCAAUAAGGACAUCUUCUACUGCGCGCACGUGGUAGCGCUGGCCCUGUACCGCGUACGGAAGCCCGAGCAGGUCAAACUGCACCUGCCCAUCUCAGAGACACUGUUCCAGAUGAACAGAGACCAGCUGCAGAAGUUUGUCCAGUACCUGAUAACAGUACACCACACGGAGGUGCUGCCCACUGCUCAGAAACUAGCUGAUGAGAUUCUGUCAACAAACUCUGAGAUCAACCAGGUCCAUGGGGCCCCAGACCCCACGGCAGGGGCCAGUGUGGAUGAUGAGAACUGUUGGCACCUGGAUGAGGAGCAGGUCCAGGAGCAGGUGAAACUCUUUCUCUCACAGGGAGGAUACCACGGCUCUGGGAAACAACUCAACCUGCUGUUCAGCAAGGUGAGAGAGAUGUUGAAGAUGCGUGACUCCAAUGGUGCCAGGAUGUUAACGCUGAUCACAGAACAGUUUAUGGGCGACCCUCGUCUGGCACUGUGGAGACAACAGGGAACCACCAUGACCGACAAAUACAGACAGCUGUGGGAUGAGCUAGGUACCCUGUGGAUGUGUAUUGUGCUGAACCCCCACUGUAAGUCGGAGCAGAAGUGUGUGUGGCUGAGACAGCUUAGACGGUGGAACAGCAUCGAUGUGUGUCCAUGGGAGGACGGAAACCAUGGCAACGAACUACCCAACCUCACACAUGCACUACCGCACGGCAACCCAGACUUGUCGUCUCGUCCUCAUAGGACAGUGUUUACGAGGGCCAUUGAGGCCUGCGACCUGCACUGGCAGGACACACAUCUGCAGCGCGUCAUCACACAUGACCUCUGCACACACACACACACACACUGUCCCCACGACAACCACGGCAGUGGAGGGGCACUGUUUGACGCCCGCGGAUGGCCCCUCUGGCAUGAGCACGUCCCAACAGCGUGUGCGAGGGUUGACGCGCUGCGGUCACAUGGUUAUCCCAGGGAAGCCUUGCGAUUGGCCAUUGCUAUUGUCAACACACUCAAACGGCAGCAACAGAAACAACUACAGCUCCUCCGCAACCACAAAAAAGAGCUGCUCCAUAAAGGCAUGACGUCAGUCACUAACAUGGAGGGCUGGGUGGGCCACCCCUUGGACCCUAUUGGCACUCUGUUCAGCACCCUACUGGACACGGGACGGGGAGACGAGGAGGGGGGCAACGCCUUCCUAGACUUCUCAGGCUCUGUGAGUUCAGCCAAAAGGUUGGAGCCCCACCUCUUCCCAGCACAACACUUCCUGGACGAUGGCCAAUCGUUCGUAGCACUGGCUGUAGAGACGGCUCUGAUUGGCUUAGGGCAGCAGAGGGUGAUGCCUGACGGCCUAUACGCCCAGGAGAAGGUGUGUCGCAACGAAGAGCAGCUAUUGGCCAAGCUCCAGGAAGUGGAACUGAACGAUGCCCUGGUCAAGAUCUUCCGCAAGCAAGCAGUCUUCCUGCUAGAGGCUGGUCCAUACAGUGGUCUAGGAGAGUUGCUCUACAGAGAGAGUGUUCCCAUGCAUACUUUCGCCAAGUAUCUCUUCACCUCCCUACUACCUCACGACGCUGAACUGGCGUACAAAAUUGCACUGAGAGCCAUGAGGUUACCGGUCCUGGAAACCACGGCUCCAUCAGGUGAUCUAUCCAGACCUCACCAUAUAGUAUCUAUGGUCCCUAACCGCUACCCUCGCUGGUUCACUCUGUCUCACAUAGAGUCACAACAAUGUGAACUGGCCUCCACCAUGCUUACCGCAGCCAAAGGCGAUGGGCGUAAGUUAGAAACGGUGUUAGAGUCCAUCCAGAAGAACAUCCACUCCUCGUCUCACAUCUUCAAACUGGCUCAGGAUGCCUUCAAGAUCGCUACUCUGAUGGACAGCCUGCCAGACCUCACACUGCUUAAAGUCUCACUGGAGCUGGGCCUUCAGGUGAUGAGAAUGACUCUGUCCACAUUGAACUGGAGGAGGAGAGAGAUGGUACGGUGGCUGGUCACCUGUGCCACAGAAGUUGGUGUGUAUGCGUUGGACAGCAUCAUGCAGAGUUGGUUCACCCUGUUCACCCCGACCGAGGCUACCAGCAUCGUGGCCACCACCGUCAUGUCCAACACCACCAUCGUCCGGCUGCACCUGGACUGUCACCAGCAGGAAAACCUGGCCUCCUCCGCCCGAACACUGGCCCUGCAGUGUGCCAUGAAGGACCCCCAGAACUGUUCCCUCUCUGCCCUCACCCUCUGUGAGAAGGACCACAUCGCCUUCGAGACGGCCUACCAGAUCGUUCUGGACGCGGCCGUCACGGGGAUGAGCUACACACAGCUCUUUACGAUAGCCAGGUACAUGGAGCACAGAGGAUAUCCCAUGAGGGCUUACAAGCUGGCCACGCUAGCCAUGGCCCACCUUAACCUCAGCUACAACCAGGACACCCACCCGGCUAUCAAUGACGUGCUGUGGGCCUGUGCUCUGAGUCACUCUCUGGGGAAGAACGAGCUGGCUGCUGUCAUUCCCCUGGUGGUGAAGAGCGUGAAGUGCGCCACUGUGCUGUCAGACAUUUUGAGACGGUGCACGUUGACCACGCCGGGCAUGGUGGCGCUGCACAGCCGUAGGAACUCUGGGAAGCUGAUGUCGCUGGACAAGGCGCCGCUCAGGCAACUGCUGGAUGCCACCAUCGGAGCCUACAUCAACACCACGCACUCUCGCCUCACGCACAUCAGCCCGCGCCACUACAGCGAGUUUAUAGAGUUCCUCAGUAAGGCCAGAGAGACGUUCCUCAUGGCCCAGGACGGACACAUCCAGUUUACCCAGUUCAUAGACAACCUUAAACAGAUCUACAAGGGCAAGAAGAAACUCAUGAUGCUCGUACGGGAGAGGUUCGGUUGACGAAGACUAAACUUAAAAACUAUUGUGAUUGGUCGAUGGAUGUAUGGAGAUUGAGAGCGAUCACGCCCCCUUUUACUUGAUUCUGCAUUUGUAUCCCUUUUAACUUAAAAAGUGACGGAAAAAGUGAAAGAAAAACCUGAAAACAACAAAAGGCCACAUCGGUAUUAAUGUGUAUAGACCCUAUUUAGUUCACAAGCAAACAAAAAAGAAAAUUGUCAUGUUGCGGAAGUGUGUGUGUGUGUGUGUGUCCCUUUAUGUAUAAAGACAGUGUGAAAGAGUGUAAGAGAGAGAACUAAAGAGAAAAAUAAAAUCUUUUUACACUGAG